GUUCUGGAAGGUUCUGCGGCCGCCCUCAGUCGCUGGCGGGCGGCGGCGGCAGCAGCGGGCGGAGGCGGCUCCUGGCUGCGGUUCUGUCGCGCUUCUAUCGCCGAUCGCGGCUGGCGCAGCGGGCCCGGCGCUAUGGGGGUGACUCACGAAGCGGGGCUCUCCCCUCAGGACCCGUGCGGGGGCAGCCCGGCGGGCUGGAGCCGGAGCGCGCAGGUGCCUCAGGGGAACCAGCGCGGGGCGUGCCCGGCAGCGCCCAGCGGCACGGAGACGGGGCACUGCAGAGCAGCAGCCGCAGCCGAGGCAGCGGCUGGCGGUGCCCAGAAGGGCAGCGCUGCUCGGACGGCCGACAUGACGGAGUUCAUGGAUGACCUGACGCUGGGCUCUCCCAAGCGCAGCGACUCCCCGGCGCGCUCCCGCUCGCGGCGCAGCUGCGCCCGCUCCUCCAGCCGCUCCUCCAGCCGCUCCUCGCGCAGCUCCAGCUCCAGCAGCUCCUCCAGCCGCUCCUCUCGCAGCUGGAGCCGCUCCCGGUCCCGCUCCCGGCGGCGCGGCUCCCGGCGCUCGCGGCGCCGCUCCCGCUCCUACUCGCGCAGCCGCUCGCGCUCCCGCGGCUCCCGGCGCUACCGCGGCCGCUACCGGCCCCGGCACUACCGGCACCGCUACCGCCGGCAGCGCUCCCGCUCCUGGUCCCGCGGCAGGGCCUGCUACCGCCGCUCCUACUCCAGGAGCCGCUCCCGCUCCCGGGGCAGGCGCUACUACGGCUUCGGCAGAACCAUCUACCCCGAGGCCUACCGCGGCUGGAAGAGCCGCUCCCGCACGCGCUCCCGGAGCAGGUCGCCUCUGCACCUCAGUGAGAAAGACAAGAGGGAACUCCUGGAAAUUGCAAAAGCCAAUGCUGCCAAAGCUCUGGGAACAGACAACAUUGUCCUGCCAGCGAGCCUGAAGAUCUCUGCUCCUGCCAAGGAGAUCAAAACUGAGAAGCAGGAGCGAGAGGAAGCCACGGAGUCAGCUGAGCAACCCGGGAGUGCAGCUGAGGACGGGAGCAAGGCUGGCAUGGAGAGAGCAACCAUCCAGAGGAGCAUUUCCUUCAGCCCUAAUAACACAAUGGCCAAGCCUGCCCUGCAGAAGCCAGUGAGCCACGUUGUGGUUAAGGAGCCAGUGGUUUCUCCACCCAGGGAGGAUGACAGGAAGGGAAGCCCCUAUGGGCAGUGGGUUCCUGUCAAGAAGGAGGAGAAGAAAACAUUCCUGAACUUUUCACCCAAAAGCUCCCUGUGCCGGGCACGCUGAUGGGAGUCCCUGUCAGACUGCAGCACUCACCCCCUCAGCACAGAGAGGGAGGUUUCUGAUGGGCUUGAAGACUUGUUAAUACUGAGUAUUUAUUUUGAGGUCUUAAUUUUUGGAAUCUUAGGUUUCUCUUUCAGAUAGAGAGCACACAGAUCCAGAAGCCACAGAUGGGAAUCUUGUGUAUAUUUGUAAAUAUUUUAUAUUGCUUUAUUGGACUAGAACUUGCAGGUGGGUAACUUUUUCUAAACCGUAGUCGAGUAGCUGUUCUUUGAACACCUGGAUUUACUUUGUGUAACUGUUUACUUAAGUGAAUAAAGUUUAGUUUUGCACUGGC